AUGGAGGCUCCUGAGCAAGUCAAGAAGAAUUCGUACGCAGAGGUCAAGUCACCCAAUGUGAAGAAUGCCAUUUCGCUUGGUCAGCGCGAAAAUGUGCCCGUGUACUUCCAUGCACAGGGUACGUGUCUCUUAGAUCGCUCGCGUGAGUCCAAGGCUGCUAGUCGUAUCUCUGGUGUGGGCAUUAGUCCUGGCGAAAUGCGCGUUGGGAGACUGGCGGAUGCGUACGUGUAUGGUGCACUGUCGAUUUUAUCAACUUCGCAGCUAGCAUUAUCCCAGGUAUUCCCUGAGCUAAGUGACGACUUGGUGCGCCCAGAUCUGGUCGAGGUUGGCACGGUAUUUCCCAAGGAGCAGCAGUACAACGAUGAAGGCGUGUAUGCUGUGCGAUUCUGGCGCAAUAACCGCAGUCGCGUAGUUGUUGUUGACGGUGAACACACGGAGAAACUGGAUGAGUGCCGACACUCGCCAACCAAAAGAGGGCCGAAGCUAGAACACGCACAUACACCCCUGUUUUUCGAGAAGUUGGAGGCGCUAGUGAUGACCCAUUUCGGAGUCAGUCACGCGCCGUACGCAUGA